AUGUCUGAUUUUCGGCUUAUUGGUGACAACAGUGUUGCCUCUGCUCCUGGAAAGGUUUUGAUGACCGGAGGUUAUCUUGUUUUAGAGAGACCUAAUGCUGGUGUUGUACUUAGCACAAAUGCUCGUUUUUAUGCUAUUGUGAAGCCACUUUAUGAAGAAAUCAAACCUGAAAGUUGGGCAUGGGCAUGGACAGAUGUUAAAUUGACUUCCCCUCAGAUGGCACGAGAAACCAUGUAUAAACUGUCUCUUAAACACUUAAAGCUUCAGCCUGUUUCUUCAAGAGAAUCAAGAAACCCCUUUGUAGAACAUGCGGUGCAAUAUGCUAUUGCUGCAGCCCAUGCAACACUUGACAAAGAUAAGAAGGACACAUUGCAGAAACUACUUCUGCAGGGUCUCGACAUAACUAUCUUGGGUUGCAAUGAGUUCUAUUCGUACCGGAAUCAGAUUGAAGCACGUGGGCUCCCUCUUACACCUGAAUCAUUGGCUUCCCUUCCACCUUUCGCUUCAAUCACCUUUAAUGCAGAAGAAUCAACUGGAGAGAAUCGCAAGCCUGAAGUUGCAAAGACUGGAUUAGGGUCAUCAGCAGCUAUGACAACUGCAGUUGUUGCAUCCGUGCUUCAUUAUCUUGGCGUUGUGAACCUCUCCUCUUUGGCUGAUGUUGAUGUAGUUCAUGUGAUAGCUCAAACCGCUCAUUGCAUUGCACAGGGUAAAGUUGGCAGCGGGUUUGAUGUUAGUUCUGCAGUUUAUGGCAGUCAGCGCUAUAUCCGGUUUUCGCCUGAAGUGCUCUCCUCUGCUCAGAAUGCAGGUAUGGCAACACCACUCACAGAAGUCAUUGAUGAUGUCCUAAAAGCCAAGUGGGAUCAUGAGAGGACCAAGUUUUCAUUGCCUCCUUUAAUGACUUUAUUACUUGGAGAACCAGGCAGUGGAGGAUCUUCCACACCAUCAAUGGUUGGGGCUGUUAAGAAAUGGCAGAGGUCUGACCCUCAGGAUUCUCUAGAAACAUGGAGAAGGUUGUCGGAAGGAAACUCUGCUCUUGAAGUGCACCUAAAUACCUUAAGUAAAUUGGCAGAGAGACAUUAUAAUGCUUAUGAAUGCAUCAUCAAUGCAUGCAGCCUGCUUCCUGCUGAAAAGUGGUUGGAGAAAGCAAAUGAACCCACUCAAGCAGAAAUUGUUAAAGAAUUAUUAGGAGCUCGAGAUGCUAUGCUUCGGAUUAGGUAUCAGAUGCGCAAGAUGGGAGAAGCUGCUGGAAUUCCAAUAGAACCAGAAUCACAAUCUCAGCUACUUGAUGCUACAAUGAAUAUGGAGGGAGUUUUGUUGGCUGGCAUUCCUGGUGCUGGUGGAUUUGAUGCGGUGUUUGCAGUCACCUUGGGGGCUUCAAGCAAAAAUGUUACUCAAGCUUGGAGUUCCCUCAAUGUUCUCGCGAUGCUAGUAAGAGAAGAUCCUAAUGGCGUGUCGUUGGAAAACAGUGAUCCUCGAGCAAAGGAAAUUACUGCAGCUGUUUCUUCAAUUCAGCUUGAAUAAUGAUCUGGAAGUUGGGGAUCACUUGCAGUGUUUUAAUAGUGCUAUAUGACUAUAAAAUGAGAUCUUUAAAAUUUUAGAAUGUAUAGGUUACUUUUCCAGUUCAGGUAGGAUUUAUCAGCUAGGUUGAGGUUUCAAAACUGUAAGGUCACAGUGACCUUCUAUUGUUUGAAGAGGGCAAAUAUUUGCCACGAAAAAAUAAGCGCCAAAUGAGAGCCUGCUCUAGUCUUACGGAUCAUUGAGUCGAAAAAUAGAUCUUGUUGGAAUUAAAUUUCCUUUUUACUUUAUUAUUUGAAUUGAUUGUUGUCAAGUUAUGUGGAUCAAAUAUUUGGCUUCAGCAGUGAAAGCGCCUCUAAACAGGAUUAUAUGAUUCCUCUUCAAUU